CCUCCUGGGGUCGCGGGAUGGCGCACCACACAGGUGAGGAAGGGGCGCGGUCUUUACAGCGCUGCUGGCCUGGAGCCAAGUGGAGCCCAGAGCUUCGGGACAGGUGGCUGGCAGUGCUCUGCCUCUGGCUGGCUGCCCAGCCUCCGCCCUAGGCGCGGGACCAGCCGUGGGACAGGAACUGCCUGUGCUCAGGCCGGAGAGUUAACGUUUGUGCGGGAGCCGCAGGGACCGACCCUCUCCUACGGUAACACGCGGACAGCGGACCUCCACGAUUCUCCCCAUGCGGAGUCCCUCCUUUCCCUCGUGGGGGCCGCCGCCGCCGCUGCAGCUGCUACUACUGCUGUUGCCGUGGCCAGUCUGGACCCAGGUGCCCGCCGCAGCCGCCUCCUGGGCAACCCCGGGCGCCCUAGACUGCCCCGAGGCGUGCGUGUGCGCGCCGGGGGGCCAGGCCAACUGCUCGGGGCGCGCGCUGCCCGCCGUGCCAGGGGGCUUGAACUGGCGCGUCCGCGUGCUGCUGCUGAACCACAACCGCGUGUACGCGCUGCCUCCCGGCGCCUUCGCGGACGCCGGCGCGCUGCUCCGCCUGGACCUGCGCGAGAACGGACUGCGCUGGGUGCACGCGCGGGCCUUCUGGGGCCUGGGCGCGCUGGAGCAGCUCGACCUCAGCGCCAACCAGCUAGAGGCGCUGCUGCCCGGCACCUUCGCGCCACUGCGCGCGCUGCGCGCCCUCUCUCUGGCUGAGAACCGGCUGGCGCGCCUAGAGCCCGCGGCGCUGGGCGCGCUCCCGCUGCUGCGCGCGCUCAGCCUGCACGACAACGACCUGCCUGCGCUCGCGUCCGGGCUCCUGGCGGGCCUGCCGAAUCUCAACACGCUGCGCCUGCGCGGCAACCCCUGGACCUGUGGCUGCGCGCUGCGCCCGCUCUGCGCCUGGCUUCGCGGACACCCGCGGCACGCGCCAGAGGCCGAGACGCUGCUUUGCGUGUCGCCGGGGCGCCUGACGCUCAGCCCCUUGACCGCCUUCCCGGAGGCCGCCUUCAGCCACUGCGCGCGGCCCCUUGCCGCCCGGGAUCUGGCCGUGGUCUACGCUCUCGGGCCCGUCUCCUUCCUCGCUAGCCUGGCCGCCUGUCUGGCCCUGGGCUCCGCGUUCACCGCCUGCGGCGCUCGCCAGCGCCGCCGCCACCGCGCCGCCGCCCGCCGCCAGCAGAGGAGGCAGCCCGAUCCUGGCCCCCGCACGGCCUCGCCUGCGGCCACCGCCUCUCAAGCUUGAGAGGCUGCCGCCGCCCUCGA